GAGUAUUUCAGUACCGUGACUGUCAACUACUACUAUAUAUAUGCCAUGAAGAUUGUACCUGAGUAUUCACAACAGGCAAGUCGUUAGCAAUGAAGCUAAGCCCUUUUUUCGCCUUGAUUUUACUGGUGCAGAGCACCACUAUUCUUUCUGUUGUUGCUGCAGACUAUUCUGCAGAAAUAUCUCAGUAUGGCAGCAACACUCCUCCGCCUGUUACCAGCCAACCACCACCUUCUCAAGGCUAUCAACCGCCUAGUGCUCCAACUACACCACCUCCGAGUCAUGGACAUGUACCAUCGCCAGGGCAUGCUCCACCUCGCCAUGCCCACCCACCACCUUCUCAUGGUCAUGUACCACCAUCUGUUGGUAGUCCUCCACCGCAUAGAGGACAUUUACCACCCCCGUCUCCCGUGAGUUCUCCACCACCAUCUCAGGGGCAAAGCCCGCCUUCACCUUCUCAUGGACAUGCACCACCUACUAGAGGGCACACGCCACGUGGAAGACAUCAUCCGCCAAGCCAUCAUCAUCCUUCACCUCCGAGUCAUCAUGGACAUCCUCCACCACCAACUCAAUCGCCUCCUCCACCUACAUAUGCACAACCACCACCAACACCAAUUUUCUCACCUCCUCCUCAAGUGCAACCUCCACCACCAACCUAUUCACCUCCUCCACCUACAUACCCACAACCAUCACCAUCGCCAUCGCCACACUCGCCGCCUUCACAUGGACAUCAACCACACCCACCCACCCAUCGACAUGCACCACCUACUCAUCAACGUUCACCCCCAACACAUAGACAUCCACCACCGACUUCCUCAUCUCCUCCACCAACAUACUCACAACCAUCACCAUCGCCACCUUCACGUGGACAUCAACCAAAACCACCCACCCAUCGACAUGCGCCACCUACUCAUCAUCGUUCACCACCAACACAUGGACAUCCACCACCUUCUCCUAUUAGGCAGCCACAACCACCAACUUACUCACCUCCACCUGCACAAUCACCACCACCUCCACCAACAUACUCGCCUCCUUCGCCUACACAAGCACCACCGCCUCCACCAACUUACUCCCCUCCUCCACCUUCACAAUCACCACCUCCACCAACAUACUCUCCUCCUCCGCCUGCACAAUCGCCGCCACCUCCACCAACAUAUUCCCCUCCUCCCCCUGCACAGUCGCCACCACCACCACCAACGUCCCCUCCUCCCCCUGCACAGUCGCCACCAACAUACUCCCCUCCUCCACCUACAUACUCGCCCCCACCACCUCCACCAACAUACUCGCCUCCUUCGCCUACACAAGCACCACCGCCUCUACCAACUUACUCCCCUCCUCCACCUUCACAAUCACCACCUCCACCAACAUACUCUCCUCCUCCGCCUGCACAAUCACCACCACCUCCACCAACAUAUUCCCCUCCUCCCCCUGCACAGUCGCCACCACCACCACCACCAACGUCCCCUCCUCCCCCUACACAGUCGCCACCACCACCACCAACGUCCCCUCCUCCCCCAGCACAGUCGCCACCAACAUCCCCUCCACCUACAUACUCGCCUCCUCCAUCAAGUCCUACUUAUGGUCAGCCACCACCACCGACUACAUAUUCACCCCCUUCUCCCCCUCCAUAUGGGCUUCAACUAAGCACUCCAUAAACUACACCAUCCAGCCCACAAACAAAUCUGCCACCUUCUACGUACCAUGGCCUAUCGGCGCCACGUAUCUCAAAUACACCAUAAAGUUGCAUUUAGUUGCUAGUUGUUCUUUAGAUUAAUAUAAGAAUGGUCUGGUGUGUUUCUUAAUGUUCUCUUACCAGAAUUGAGCAGUUAUAAAGUUCACUAGUUUCUUUGUUGUUUUACUGUAAGAGAACAGCUCUGAUUUCAAUAUCCUGUAAUAAACUUCAAGUGCUGUUGAAGCUUUGAUUAAGUA